AUGGAUAAAACCUGGAUAUACUUGGAUAGAAGGUCCAAAGAGUAUGAGGAGGGUGUGGAACAAUUCAUUAGAAAUUGUUUGCAGAAUCCCAAUAUUGACCCCAAUGAUAUUCAUUGUCCUUGUUGCAAAUGUAUCAAUCUUAAGAAAGGACCGGUUAAGUCCAUUUUAGAGCAUCUUUAUUUCCAUGGUUUUAGUCAAAAUUAUAUGAAUUGGAUUUGGCAUGGUGAACCUGCCAAAGAUGAUAAAGCAAAAGGGAGUGUCAACCAAGAGCCAAUUAACAAUUAUUAUGAUAACUUUGAAACCGCUCAUAUGUGUGAGGCAGCGUUUGAUAACUAUACAGAAAAUCCUGAAGAAUUUAUGAAAUUUUUAGAGGAAUCAGAGAAGCCAUUGUAUAAGGGAUGUCAACGUUACACAAAAUUGAGUGCACUUGUGAAACUGUACAAUACCAAAGCAAAGCAUGGAAUGAGUGAUGCUCUAUUUUCAGAUCUGCUAUUAGAUUUUGGGGAUAUGCUGCCAAUUAAUCACAAUCUAUCAUCUUCAAUGUAUGAGGUAAAAAAAACAUUGAGUUGUUUGGCGUUGACUCAUGAAAAGAUUCAUGCUUGUUCCAAUGAUUGUAUUCUUUAUAGGAAGCAAUAUAAAAACUGUGAAAGCUGCCCUAAAUGUGGUUUGUCACGAUGGAAGCUAACGAAAAACAAGGUUGAGAAGAAAGGUGUUCCUGCUAAGGUGGUUUGGUAUUUCCCUCCCAUUCCAAGAUUUAAGCGCAUGUUUAAAUCUUUAGAGACCUCAAGAAAUUUAACAUGGCAUGCAGAUUCUACAAGAGUUGUUGGUCAGUUACGUCAUCCAGUUGAUUCACCAUCAUGGAAGUUGGUGGAUCAUAUGUGGCCCGACUUUGAAAGUGAGCCAAGAAAUCUUCGCCUAGCACUUGCAGCUGAUGGCAUUAAUCCUCAUAGCAACCUUAGUAGUCGGUACAGCUGUUGGCCAAUCAUGUUGGUCAACUAUAAUUUACCUCCAAAUAUGUGUAUGAAAAGGAAAUACAUCAUGCUAACUAUGCUCAUUUCAGGGCCUAAGCAGCCUGGAAACGAUAUUGAUGUCUAUCUGGAGGUGUUAGUUGAAGAUUUGCAACAAUUGUGGGAAGGAGUUGAUGGAAUCUACGAUGCUUAUCGAAGGCAGUUCUUCACUCUUAAAGCAGUCUUAUUAUGGACUAUCAAUGACUUUCCUGCCUAUGGUAACCUUAGUGGAUGUACUACACAUGGUUAUUAUGCAUGUCCAAUAUGCGGAGAAGAUACUUAUGCAAGUCACUUGGAAAAUGGGAAGAAAAUGUCAUUUGCUGGCCAUAGACGAUUCCUAUCACGGUUUCAUCCCUAUCGUAGGCAAAUGAAGGAGUUUAAUGGCAUGGAGGAACUUGGAGAAGCAGCUAAACCAUUAUCUGGGAUUAAGUUGUUUGACAAACUUUCUAACAUAAGGUGUGAGUUUGGAAAGAGGAUAAGUGAAAAAACCAAGGAUAAUGUGGCAGCUAGGUUGGACAUGGUUGAGAUGGGAAUUAGGCCUGAAUUAACACCUAUAUUUGGGGAGAAGAGAACAUAUCUUCCUCUUGCUGCGUGCUCAUUCACAAAAAAAGAAAAGUUACAGCAUUUCUUACCAAUAGUUAUACGUGAUGCGCUGCCAAAACAUGUUAGAUAUGCUAUCAUAAGAUUAUGCUUCUUCUUCAAAGAUAUUUGUUGCAAAGUUAUAGACGUAGCCAAGUUAGAUAAGCUGCAAUCUGACUUGGUUGUUACACUCUGCUUAUUGGAGCAAUAUUUUCCCCCAUCUUUCUUCGAUAUCAUGCUUCACUUAACUGUCCAUCUCAUUCGAGAAGUCCGAUUAUGUGGGCCAGUUUACUUCAGAUGGAUGUAUCCAUUUGAAAGAUACAUGAAGGUGCUUAAGAGUUAUGUAGGCAGUCGAAAACAUCCUGAAGGUUGCAUUGUUCAAAGAUAUUUAGCAGAAGAAGCAAUUGAGUUUUGUUCAGAAUACCUCAAUGACGUUGAUCCUAUUGGAGUUCCUCAAUCAAUUCGAGACCCAAAAGCAAAUGUUUCUGGCUUGCAAGCAUGCAACACACCAAUUAUAGUGCAACAAGUUGAUCUGCAACAAGCACAUUUGACUGUGCUAGAAAAUAUGGAGGAAGUAUCUCCCUAUAUAAUUGAGCAUAAAACCUUUUUGAAAUCAAUGUUUCCCAAAAAAGAGAAUGAUGAAAGGUGGAUACAAGAUGCUCACAACAAGAGGUUUAUUGAUUGGUUUCGUACAAAGGUGGCUGCUGAAAUUGACAGUUGCAAUGGUGGAACAACAUCGACAUUAACAUGGUUGGCCCAUGGACCUCGUGCACAAAUUAUUAAGUACAAUAGUUAUGUGAUAAAUGGCAAUUUAUACCAAACAAAGGCGCGGGAUGAUGACAGAGUUUGCCAAAACAGUGGGGUUUCUUUAGUUGCCAACACCAUGCUUGUAUGCAGUGCUAAAGAUAAGAAUCCCUUGCUAGCUGAUGUGUCUUUCUAUGGAGUGAUUGAAGAAAUAUGGGAAUUAGACUAUCAUCAAUUUCACGUUCCUCUUUUCAAAUGUGCUUGGGUUGCAAAUGACAAAGGAAUAAUCAACAACGAUGAAUGUGGCUUCACCUUAGUCAACUUGAACAAACGAGGACACAAGAAUGACGAAUUUGUGCUUGCAAGUCAAGUCAACCAAGUCUUUUAUAUUGAUGAUCCAUUACAAAAGGGGUGGUCAAUUGUGCUCCCAGUUCCAAAUAGAUGUUAUGAGGGAGAUGAUGAUGAAUGGAGCAGUAUUCCUGAUUCUAGACCAAUUGAUGAUAUUGAUACUCAUUGCAAUCCUACUCAAGAAAGAUAUUUUAGAUCGGAAAUUGAGGGUGUUUGGGUCACAAAAAAGAAAAAAUAA